AUGGCUCCAGUUUGCGCUUCGUGCCGGAGGUUUUUGGGAAGCAAAAGUGGAUCCUGCUGGAUUAUCCCAGCUCAUGUGAUGGGGAUGAGAAGCAAAAUCUCUGUUCUCUCGUUUAGAGAUGUGCUUUUAGUAGGGAAAGUGGCUGGCUGAAGCCUGUUAAUAGAAGGCUGCAGAAUAAAAAAUCCCCCGCAUGCGUUUUUCACCCAAAAUGACUGAAUUUAUGCGUGAUUAAGAGCGCAAACUGGACUUGAAUGCUGAAAGCUGAACGCUGACAGGAGAGAGGGAGUGAGAGAGAGAGGGAGAGACAUCUGCACAUGGCUCCUCGGAUGGAAAAAGGACUUUGGCUGCUUUUCCUCACCACGGCGUUGUGCGCUGAGGUGGAGGAACGAUUAAUUAAUAACCUCCUUUCUCCUGAACGCUACAACAAGCUCAUACGACCAGCAGUGAACAAGAGCCAGCAGGUGACCAUCGCCAUCCAGGUGUCUCUAGCUCAGCUCAUCAGUGUGAAUGAAAGGGAACAGAUUAUGACCACCAACUGCUGGCUCACUCAGGUGUGGAAUGAUUACCGAUUAAUGUGGAACCCAGACGAGUACGAAGGUGUCAUGAAAGUUCGUCUUCCGUCACAGCACAUAUGGCUGCCAGACAUCGUCCUCUACAAUAAUGCGGACGGGACUUACGAGGUGUCUUUCUACUCCAACGCCGUCGUGUCCAGCAAUGGUGAGGUUGCUUGGUUGCCUCCAGCCAUCUAUAAAAGUGCGUGUAAGAUUGAGGUGCGAAACUUUCCAUUCGACCAACAGAACUGCACACUGAAGUUCCGCUCUUGGACGUACGACCACACAGAGAUUGACCUGGUCUUGCUGUCCGACUUCGCAAGCCGCGAUGACUUCAAACCCAGUGGUGAGUGGGAUAUUGUGUCUCUUCCCGGUCGCAAGAAUGAAGACCCAGAUGACUUCACUUACCUGGAUAUCACUUAUGACUUCAUCAUCAGGCGCAAGCCGCUUUUCUACACCAUCAACCUGAUCGUUCCGUGUGUUCUUAUCACAUCUCUGGCCAUCUUGGUUUUCUACUUGCCCUCGGACUGUGGAGAGAAGAUAACCUUGUGUAUCUCAGUCCUCUUGGCCCUAACUGUUUUCCUCCUUCUCAUCUCCAAGAUUGUGCCUCCGACCUCACUGGCUGUGCCACUCAUUGGCAAGUAUCUGAUGUUCACCAUGGUGCUGGUGACCUUCUCCAUCGUCACCAGCGUGUGCGUGCUAAACAUUCAUCACCGCUCUCCGAGCACACACACCAUGCCACCGUGGGUCAAGAGCUUCUUCUUGAAUCAUCUGCCAGCGUUGUUGUUCAUGCAAAGGCCUGGGUCGUCCAACAUCCGUGAGAAAUUCCGGCGCAAGCACCAACAUCGCUCGUUCUCUGAGAACACUCUUAAAAGAGAGCAGGACGCUCUGUCGGAUUCCACGUUCUUUGUGAAUGAGGACUCCAAAACCCUCAGCCGGAGGAAUAGAGAAAUGCAGGAUAACACAGAGAUCCGGAAACGGCUAGCAGUGAAGUGCUCAGCGGAUAUGGAGAUGGCUGUGGAGGGCGUGAGAUACAUUGCUGACAAGAUAAAGAGCGAGGAUGAUGACGAAGCGAUCAUUGAGGACUGGAAAUAUGUGGCGAUGGUAAUAGACCGACUCUUCCUGUGGAUCUUUGUGUUGGUUUGCGUUUCUGGAACUGUUGGCCUCUUCAUGCAGCCUCUGGUUAAUAGCUACAACACUCAAUUGGAUGACAACACCGAGUGACACACACACACACACACACACACACACACACACACACACACACACACACACGUGAAAACCAGCUCCUGCUCACUCCCAAUUUAGAAACUGUGAAUGUAAAGCUGUUCACUACUUAGCACUGGACCCAGGUCAUGUGAUCCUGCUGACUUCAGCCGUUUAUUUAGAAAUUAUAGCAAUACAGUUUCAGAGAGAGUAUCACAGACUACCUUACCUCAAUAUAAUAUAAUAUCCUUAUACAUUUUCUAUGGUAGCAAAAGUAUUACUUCUUACUUAGCAUGUUCUCACAGAUGCUGCAGUAGAUUUCAAAUAAGGGAUGAAUAAUAAAUAACAAAAUGAUAAAUGAUGCUAUAGACAGUAGGCAUUUGUGCAGUAUGCAGUUUAUUGGAACACGACCAUUUACGUUGCAUUGAAAUAUCCUUCAAAAGUUGUAUAUUCUAUCAGAAAUCUGUAUUAACACACUGAAACAUCACAUCAAGACAGUACUAGACAAACAAAACUACUGUAUAAGGCUCACACACACACACACAGAUGAUUUCUUGUACCUACAACAUAAAGAACCCAACAUGAACUAAUGUACCUCAAAUUAUUGUAGCAAUGUUUGUUUGAAUAAUAACCAUAAUCUUAUAUAUUAAUAUGAAAGAAAAUCAGUCUAAAUAUGUGACAGUAUACACACAUGGGAAUAAAUAUAUUCACAUAAGCACAUGCAUGUUCUUUACACGUCUGUUCUAUCCUUAGUUUGAGUGUUUCUUACCAUGUUGUUGUUUUUUUUCUAAUUCAGAUUUAAUAAAUAAAUUGACUCACAUGGCUAGAAGAUGAUAGAACGUGCUCGAAUGGCUGUUGAUGCUCAAUAUGCAAAUCAACAGAUUCAUAAACACCUGAUGACAAUGUGAUGGAGAAAUAAAGCUUUUCCGAGGAAGAAGUCCCUUGGUAGUGACAAGUUGCUUUUUUUGUUGUUUGUUUAGGUUCUAGAUAUAAAAAUGAGAGAGAGAGAGAGAGAGAGAGAGA